AUGCAGAAAUCACCACUGUUACUGAUGCACCCAUGAUUAAGGCCCUGACUCACUGCCAGAAACACUACAAACAGAAUCUAAAUCGUAGUGAAGAGUAUCUCCCUCAGUGUACAAGCAUAGGAGAGUACAAGAAAAUGCAGUGCAUGAUAAAUGCCUGUUGGUGUGUGUCUCUAGAUGGGAAGCUAAUUAAUGGCACCAAGUUGACAGAUACUAAACCUGACUGCCGAAAGGGAACUAAUUUGUUACCAUGUGUAUGGAACCUUGUCAAACAUUCUAGAGGAUUGCUGGGGUCAUUCCGUCCAAAUUGUGCUGAGUCAGGAGAAUAUGAACAAGUCCAGUGUCAUGGCAGCAGAUGUUGGUGUUCUGAUAAACUUGGAAAUAAGAUUGAAGGAAGUCAAGUCCAGCUUCCAAAAACCCCAGUUUGUGAUGCAGUUGUAAAAACAGAAGUCACAACUUUGAACAGAAAAAUAGUUGCUCCUAAGAUCACAACGACCACAACAAAGGCAGUUACUGUGAAAGGUAUAUUGUCUAGAAAACCAAAUGUUGAACCAAAGCUGUCAACUCCCCGUAUCAGUAUAUCGUCAGUUUCUACUUCAUCAAGUGAGAUGUCUUCAGCUCCAAAUGAUGAUGGUCUGAUACAUGAACCCAGACCAAAUGAAAGUGCCACAGAAGAACCAGGUAUCAUGGCAGCCAUCAUUGCUGGUGCCGUUGUUGGUCUCUUUGUCUGUAUCCUGCUCACAAUGUUCAUUGUCUAUCGGAUGCGCAAGAAGGAUGAGGGCAGCUACCCACUGGAUGAGCCAACCAAGAGCAACUACUCCUAUACAAAGGCUCCUGACAAGGAAUUCUAUGCUUGAGGCGGCAAAGGAACACCACCAACACCCCCUCCACCAAACAUCAACUUCCAAGGCUUUAUAUGUAUUUUGGGGGGAGUUCCUUAAUCCUUCCGUUGGGGCCAUGGAAGCCUAGUGUUGAGCCUAACUACUACUACUCUUAUAACUAUUACAACUACUACUACUAUUACAUCUGA